AAUCCCAUAGAUUUUCAUUCCUCAUCGGAGGUCUGUUUCUAGGCGGCAAACCAAAGGACGAAAAUGCUCUCCUCUCUCUGCCUCUCUGAUACAGUCAUUCUAGCGGUUGGGGUUCUGCCCUAUGUCGUCGAAAUGAGUAGCUGCAAGAAGAAGCGGUGGAUUGACUUUCAGAUAGAGGGCUAUCAUAGGUUUUGAUCCUCAACUCCAUCUUCUGGGACGUUUCUCCCGCAGCCUCUUCUUCAAUGCAGAACCUAGCUAUUUUUGACUCGCUGACGGAUGACUCCAUCAACGAGAUUCUGCAGAGCUCCGCAGCCUCUUCUUCAAUGCAGAACCUAGCGAUUCUUGACUCCCUGACGGAUGACUCCAUCGACGAGAUUCUGCAGAGCUGGAACGGUUACUGCACCUGCGCAGAACUUCUCCUCAAAGACAAGGGGGAUCUUUCUAUUGAAUCCGAGUUUGUUUCAUUUGUUAACGUUCUCUGCAAACAUGGAUUGGAUUCUCUCGUACAAGAUCACUUCCUUCAAGCCCUAGAAGAGACAUUCAGGAAAAAUGGGGUCAUGAAGUUUUGGCAACAUUUUGAUGCUUAUUGUGAUGUUGCAAUGUUGGAAACCGAGAAACCCCUCAUUCAGGAAAAUUGGGUUCAGAGAGUACUAUGCGAAUCGUUGGAAGAAAUAUGCUUAGAAAAACGAUAUCAGGAAAAGUGCUUGUUGAUUCUGGUUCAUGCUCUACAGUCAUACAAGGAAAGUAUGUUGAAAGAAAGUGAGAAAUCAGAGGAGGAGAAGGUCAAUCUUCUUUCUGGGUACCAGUUGAUGGUAUCUUCAGUUCUGCUAACAACCCUUCCUUGGCAUUUUCCAGAGAUUCUUCGCUUGUAUUUUAAGGAGAGGUUGGAAGAAUUGAGUACAAUGAUGGCUGGACAAGACGAAGAUGGGUGUGAAACCCAAUUCAAAGGUGGUAUUAAUUUAGAUAAAAGUAGCAAGCUUUUCUCAGGAAUCGAUGAAGGGGAUUUUGUUGAAAGUCAUCAUGAGACAAAUUCUGCGAAGAACAACAUAUUGGUGAAAAACAUAGGUAAGGUUGUUCGUGAUUUAAGGAGUCUUGGAUUUACAUCCAUGACAGAAGAUGCCUAUGCUUCUGCCGUAUUCUUGCUUUUGAAGACCAAAGUUCAUAAUUUGGCUGGUGAUGAUUAUAGGAGUCCUGUCUUAGAGUCUAUUAAAGAGUGGAUUCAGGCUGUACCUCUCCAAUUCUUACAUGCUCUUCUUGCUUAUUUGGGGGACUCAAUUGGUUUUGAUAGCGCAUCAUCUGGUAUCAAGUCGCCUUUGGCUUCAUGUCCAUCAUUAUGUUUCCCUGGGAUUGAUAUUCCUUCUGAAGGUCUCAUUAGAUGGCAGCUUCGGCUUGAGUAUUUUGCUUAUGAAACGUUGCAAGACUUGAGAAUAAGCAAGCUUUUUGAGAUUAUUGUAGAUUACCCUGAAAGCUCUCCAGCAAUAGAAGACUUAAAGAAGUGUCUAGAAUAUACUGGCCAACAUUCAAAGCUUGUUGAUUCAUUUAUUUCUGCUUUAAGAUAUCGCUUGCUUACUGCUGGCGCUUCAACCAACGACAUACUGCACCAGUAUGUAUCAACUAUUAAGGCACUCCGAACAAUAGACCCGGCUGGUGUAUUCCUUGAAGCAGUAGGUGAACCAAUAAGAGAAUAUUUAAGAGGAAGAAAGGAUACCAUAAAAUGCAUUGUGACAAUGCUUACCGAUGGGACUGGAGGAAAUCCCAAUGGGCCUGGGAAUACUGGGGAUAGCCUUCUUGAGGAGUUAAACAGAGAUGCAGAAAAUCAAGAGAAUGCUGAUUGUGAUGAUGAUUUCAACUCUGAUGACAAGCAGGCAUGGACUAAGGCUGAGCGCUGGGAACCUGACCCGGUAGAGGCAGACCCAUUGAAGGGUAGCAGGAAUAGAAGAAAGAUUGAUAUCCUAGGUAUGAUGGUUAGCAUAAUCGGCUCAAAGGAUCAACUUGUCAAUGAAUAUCGUGUAAUGCUGGCAGAGAAGCUUCUGAAUAAAGCUGAUUAUGACAUUGACUCAGAGAUUCGUACUUUGGAACUUCUUAAGAUACACUUUGGAGAGAGCAGCAUGCAAAGGUGCGAAAUUAUGCUUAAUGAUCUGAUUGAUUCCAAGAGGACAAAUGCCAAUAUAAAGGCAACCAUACAGCCAUUGCAGAGAGGUGCCGGGCAAGAAGAAAUGGGAGUGUCGCUGGAUGUUCUUGAUGCUACCAUAAUAUCUUCAAACUUUUGGCCGCCAAUCCAGGCCGAAUCCCUUAACAUACCUGCAUCUGUGGACCAACUGCUUUCUGAUUAUGCAAAGAGGUUUCAUGAAAUCAAAACCCCUCGCAAGUUAUUGUGGAAGAAGAAUCUUGGAACAGUCAAGUUGGAGUUGCAGUUUGAAGAUCGGAUUAUCCAGUUCACGGUAGCUCCAGUGCAUGCUGCAAUCAUCAUGCAAUUUCAAGAGCAAACAAGUUGGACUUCUAAAAACCUUGCAGCUGUAAUAGGGGUGCCUGUGGAUACACUAAAUCGAAGGAUAAGCUUUUGGAUAAGCAAAGGAAUCCUUGCAGAAUCAGUGGGAGCAGAGUCUGAUGACCAUGUUUUUACUAUUGUGGAUGACAUGGCUGAUACAAAUAGGAAUGGUGUUAACAGUGGGAGCUGUGAAGAGCUUUUAGUUGCUGAUGAAGAGGGGGAGAGAUCUGUCGCCUCUGUUGAGGAACAACUGCUGAAAGAAAUGACUGUCUAUGAGAAAUUUAUUUUGGGGAUGCUUACUAAUUUCGGCAGCAUGGCGCUGGAUCGGAUACACAAUACUCUGAAGAUGUUCUGUGUAGCCGAACCUCCUUAUGACAAGUCACUCCAACAGCUGCAAAGCUUUCUUUCUGGCCUCAUAUCAGAAGAGAAGUUAGAACUGAGGGAUGGGAUGUACUUUCUGAAGAAGUAACCAUGGAGGUGGAAUGCAUCGGGCUUGAGCAAAUGGCCCAUAUCAUUUUUCCAUCUUAUAAUUAUUACUCUUAAGCUAAUCAUGUUGUGCAUUUAGGGUGCAUUUGGAUGCAAUAUGAAUUUAGUUGUAACAGUUGGUCCAAUGAAGUGGAAACAAUCAACUUACAUUUCCUUCAUCAGCACUGACAUUGAAGGAGUGGUCUUCAGGCUGCAAUUGGGUUAUUCUCAUGGACUCAAAAGGAAUGUUUUUGUUGCAGUUUGAGGGCUACUUCCUCAUAAUGAAUACCAGGAAACAUAAUAAGGUUUUCAUCAAUUCAUUUGUUCACCCAAAUGCAGCCUUAUAUAUUUGUUUACCAGAAGUUUUCAAGGUUUGUUAACGUAUUUUACUGUUAUCACACAUGACUUAAGGUAGCUCUUUGUGUCCCUACCGAAGCUGCAGUGCGAAAGAAUGAGGAGCGAACAGGAUUAGACACCCUGGUAGUCCAUGCUGUAAGUGAUGAGUGUUUGCCCUUGGUCUAUGCAUAUCAGGGGCCUAGCUAACGCAUGAAACACUCCGCCUGGGGAUUAUGGUCGCAA